AUGGGCGGAUCGAUAUCAAAAAUACUUUCUGGCCUAUUUUGGACCAAGAAGGAAAUCCGGAUUUUGAUUUUGGGACUCGAUAAUGCUGGCAAAACAACGCUGCUCUACCGGUUAAAGGCACUCGUCACCACUAUACCAACAAUCGGCUUCAAUGUCGAAUCAGUCACAUAUAAAAACCUCAAUUUCAACGUCUGGGACCUAGGCGGCCAAACCUCCAUCCGUCCCUACUGGCGAUGUUACUACGCUAACACCGCCGCCGUAAUCUUCGUCAUCGACUCUACAGACAUCGAGCGGUUGGGGACGGCCUCCGACGAGCUAGCUGCGAUGCUGAACGAGGAGGAACUGCGCGAUGCUGCCCUGCUGGUCUUUGCGAAUAAACAGGACCAGCCGGGCGCGAAGGGGGCUGGGGAGAUUUCGGAGGCGUUGAAGCUGGGUGAGUUGAGGGAUCGAAAUUGGAGCAUCGUUGCCUGUUCGGCCAUUGAUGGUAAGGGGAUUGAUGAGGGGAUGGAUUGGUUGGUGGUGAGUUAUAUAACAACUACCUUGGAUUGA